UUGGUAGUCUGUGAACCUGGUUUCUAUGGCGACAACUGCACCCAAACCUGUAAAUGUCGUCAUCCAAACGCGAGGUGCGAUCCUGUUACUGGUCGCUGCAAAUGUCCCCCAGGCUGGAUGGGAGAAUACUGCGAGAAGCCGUGUCCUCAGGGCUUUUAUGGACAGGACUGUCGCGAGAAGUGUCAAUGCAAGUCGCGACGUUCGUGUAAUCACGAGACCGGGGAAUGUGGCUGCAAGCCUGGCUUCACAGGACCUCAGUGUCGAGAGCCAUGCCCCGAGGGAAGCUGGGGUCAGGAUUGUCGGCAUACCUGCCGCUGUGAGCAUUUAGGACCAAACGCCGUCUGCGACCCAAAGGACGGCUCCUGUCGUUGUCGCGAUGGCUGGAGUGGUGAUCGCUGUGUCAGCCGUUGUCCGGAUGGAACGUACGGAAGAAACUGCGAGUUUCGUUGCGCCUGUGAAAAUAACGCUGUCUGCCACCCAGAAAAUGGUUCAUGUAUAUGCAAACCAGGUCAGUUGAGGGCUUCUUUCAGGCUUCAUUAUUUACAAUGA